UAUCCAAUUUCUUCCUCACUGGCUUACUUUGGUUUUAUUCCACUUUCUUCGAAAAGAAGUAUUUGCACUAUCCUGAACACAUUACACAUCCUAAGAUCUACGCAACCAGUGACAUCUAAACAAAUACCCCAUCUAUAUAAAUAAUUAUAAUAGUAGCAGUAUUCUUCUGUGAUAUUAUUCAUAAGACAACUGAUUUUUUAUUCAUUCAUUAGACCAAAAAUGGAAAGCACGAAGAAUGUGGUUCUGCUGGAUUUCUGGGCAAGCUCUUUUGGGAUGAGGCUAAGAAUUGCAUUGGCCUUAAAAGGAAUAGACUAUGAAGGGAGGGAUGAAAACUUAUUUGAUAAAAGCACUCUGCUUCUGGAGAUGAACUCUGUUUACAAAAAGAUCCCUGUUUUGAUUCACAAUGGCAACCCCAUUUGUGAGUCUCUAAUCAUUCUUGAGUACAUCGAUGAAGUCAGGCAUGACAAAUAUCCCUUACUUCCUUCUAACCCCCAUGAAAGAUCCCAAGCCAGAUUCUGGGCCGACUAUAUAGACAAGAAGAUAUAUAGCACAGGAAGAAGAGUUUGGAGUGGUAAAGGUGAAGAUCAAGAGGAAGCAAAGAAGGAAUUCAUAGAAAUCUUUAAAACUUUGGAAGGAGAACUUGGAGAGAAAACUUACUUUGGUGGUGAAAAUCUGGGUUUUGUGGAUGUGGCUUUGGUUCCCUUUACAAGUUGGUUUUAUUCAUAUGAGACUUGUGCAAAUUUCAGUAUAGAAGCGGAGUGUCCAAAGCUGGUGGCAUGGGCUAAAAGAUGCAUGCAGAUUGAGAGUGUCUCAAAGGCCCUUCCUCAUCCUCACAAUAUCUAUACUUAUGUCUUGGAACUCAAGCACAAAUUUGGUCUUGAUUGAAUCAAAAGUUACUGAGAGCAAAUCACCUCAUGCGAAUAAAAUCACUGUAACUAUUUGUUCAAGUAUCAUUGGUAGCUACUCUGUCUAUUAAGUUUC